UACCCGCGGUGCCAUUUCUAAACUGUAUUCCCCACUGCGUCCUCCAACUGUUGUGUGUUCUGCCAAGCGCUCGAGGACAGAAGUGCAAAGGAAAGGAAAGGAAAGGAGCAAAGCAAAGCAGAGUUUACUUUAGAGGCCGGGCCGGGGACAAAAGAACUUACAGACCCUUAUAUUCAUAUUUCCCUAUAAUGUUUUUAGAGAAGUGGUGAAAAAAAAAAAAACCCAAACAAAAAAAGAAAAAGCAAUCAGAGUGGAUGGACCCGUGUCUUGUUCGCUGAUGGAAACCCCUUUAAGCAAGAGGAACCCGGCGAUCAGAUUAGCGGAUUUGGCAGCGACUCAACCCCUUCCUCCUCAUCAGAAUAUGACAGGCUUCCCGGGGCUGGGGGGGCACCAGCAGCACCACCACCACCACCCUCUCUCCCACCAUGCCCACCACCACCACCUCCACCCCGGGGAGCUGGCCACCGACCCCGCAGUGGCACUCACUCCGUUCGGACCCGAGCACAUGGCGCAGAGCAACGCGGCGCAGCUGAAGCUCAGCCCGUCCCAGCACCAGAUCCACAUCCAGAGCCACCACCACCCCGAAGCGCAGACCGGGACCGCGCAGAGCUCCGCGGGCUUCCCCCCGCACCCCCACCCGGGCUACCCGAGCAGCAGGGACUUCAUCCUCAGGAGAGAACUGUCCGCUGCAGCCUCUGCUAUGCAGGCGCUUGGCGAGCAGCACGGGUCCCCCCACCACCACCACGGGCACCACGGCGUCUUCAUCUCCCCAACAGGUGCCUACGGACACGCCGAGUCCUCGCUCUUCACGGGACUCGACCACCACGACCUCCCGCUCAGCCACGGCCACCUGCACAACCAUGCGCUCAACGGGCAGAUGCGGCUGGGCCUCCCCGGGGACGCGUACGCGCGGCCGGGGGACUUCUCCGGCUCCGCCGGGGCCGCCGGGGCCGGGGCGCAUUACGCGCCGCCGGGAUACGGCUCCAUGAGCCUGGCGGGCCCGCACGGAGCCGCCGCCGCCGGCGCCUUCCUGCGAUACAUGCGGCAGCCCAUCAAGCAGGAGCUGAUCUGCAAGUGGGUGGACCAGGACCAGGACCAGGACCAGGAUCAGAGCCGGGACCGGGGACGCAGCAGGAACCAGAGCCAGAAAAAACCGUGCUGCUCCAAAACUUACAGCACCAUGCACGAGCUGGUGAACCACGUCACGGUGGAGCACGUCGGCGGGCCCGAGCAGAGCUCGCACGUCUGCUUCUGGGAGGACUGCCCGCGGGAAGGGAAAGCCUUCAAGGCGAAGUAUAAACUGAUCAACCACAUCCGCGUCCACACCGGGGAGAAGCCGUUCCCCUGCCCGUUCCCGGGCUGCGGGAAAGUGUUUGCGCGCUCGGAGAACCUCAAGAUCCACAAGAGAACUCACACAGGGGAAAAGCCGUUCAAGUGCGAGUUCGACGGCUGCGACCGUAAAUUCGCCAACAGCAGCGACCGGAAGAAGCACUCGCACGUGCACACCAGCGACAAGCCGUACUACUGCAAGGUGCGCGGCUGCGACAAGUCGUACACGCACCCGAGCUCGCUGCGGAAACACAUGAAGGUGCACUGCAAGUCCCCGCCCCCCCCGGCCUCCUCCGGGCCCUACAUCUCCAGCUCCGGCCCUGGCGGCAUCAACCUCCCGCUGCAGGACCCGCUGUCCCUGUCCCCGUCCCCGGACCCGGUCCGGACCCGCACCCGGACCCUGUCCCCCCAGCAGGUCACCAACCUCAACGAGUGGUACGUGUGCCAGGGCAGCGGCGGCGGGGGGGCCGGGGGGGCCGGCGGCCUGGGGCCCCCCCACAUGCACACGCCCUCCAGCGACGCGCACACGUCGGAGUCGGAGGACGAGGACUCUUUCCGGGGAUCGGACCCCCGGACGAUGCUCUGA